AAACACAACUCAACGAGGGGCCGAGGAAAAAGCAGCAGAAAAGCCAGCAGCAGCCGCCCGCUCAUAAAUCUACCAAGAAAAACUUAAUUAAUUAAAUUAAUUACUACCAAAAUCACACACUCUCAUAAAUUCAAUGAAAACCCGUUCGGUCUGAUAAAUUUGUGCAAAAGGUCACUACUUUCAUUUAAAACUUUAUUUAAAUGAAAUUUUAGCGAUCUGCAAUUACAUAAAAACAGUGACGGAAAUUCCCUCUCUGCAAUUUUCACGCGCCGAUGAAAAUUCGCAAAAGAUCUGUAUUAAAUCAUCAAUAAAAAUAGCGAAACUAACGGUACAAUGAGCCCAGCUGUUUGAAGCCGCAAAAACCGAACAACAAAAACCAUAAAACAACACGCACCAAAUCACACAAAAACAACAACAACCAGCAUUGCGCAUAAUUAAUAUGUACGAGAAAACAUUAAACAUAGGAACUGCAAAAGUUAAUAAUGCAUAUGCAUGGCAAAAAGUGAGAUACAACAACAAACCCCAAGCAACAACAACAACAACAACAGCAUCGGUUAAAGUCAAGCAACAACAACCACAAAAGCAAAAAAAUGCAACAAAAGCCGCACCAACGACAACAACAACAUCAACAACAAAACCAACAGUGCUACCGUUAACCGGCAACAGCAUUACCGUUAAACAGGGUCCGAAAAUCAAAUUCGUUGGCAACGCAGCGCGCCGGCAAUCGUUGGCCCAUCAAAUCAAGCGAGCUCAUCGGCAUUUACUGACCAGCGGCGGUCAAGAUAAACAGCCGCAGCAAAAGCAAAAAGCACAAGUGCUGCCGCAGACUGGCAAAACAGUUGCCAAACCGAAACCAAAGCAGAAACAUUUGUUGAAAAGUGAUAAGACGAGGGAAAAACAAAAGCAGCAGCAAAAAAAGCGAGGAGUAGCCGCCAGGAACACUUGCAAACGGCGGGCGGCAUCGGAAUCUUCGGGCUUGUCAUCCCGCUGGUGUUCCAUCGAGGAGCAGUUGAAUCUGCUGGACGACCUGCUCUACUAUUGCGAUGAGGAGGCCGAACUCUAUUUAGCCCAGUUGUACGAAAGGUUCGAGACUCUGCAGCGGAGUAGCAGCCAGAGUUCCUCGCCGGCCAGCGAUUUCUGGAGCGAUUCCGACAUGGAGCACGACGACUCGAGCACCAGUGGCACUGGCAGCCAAACAGCCAGCAAUAUCAGUCUAGUUCCCGCCUCGCUGAAGCGACGUGGCCACCAGCACCAUCCGCGUUUCUCCGGCACCCGGCGUCCUAAUGUGCCCAAUGUCCAGGAGAUUCUGGCCGCCCUUUACCGUGGUGACUCCAAAAGCGCCCUCUCUAAUCUCAGGGGAGAAACGCAACCGGAGGAAGAGCAGCCACAGCAGCAGGAGGAGGGGCUGCCCCCCAGCAGGAGCACUUUAAGCCUGCCCCUGAGCGAAUCGGUGACCAAUUCCCUGGGCAGCAACAGUCCCACGCCCACGGAUGAGAGCAGCGUUCAGGACGAGGGUGCCAGCAACCCAGCGACAGCUCCGAAAGGUGAAGAAUCUGCUCCUCCAGCAGCCACUACCUCAACCUCCAAAACCAAGAAAAAGAAGCGGGAGAAGGGUGAAAAGUCAGAGAAAUCUGACAAAUCGGAGAAAUCCGAUCGGAAGAAGAAGUCCUCGGGCAAAAAGGAGCGCAGCAAGCGGUCCAAUGCAAUGGAGCUGAGCAGCGAUAGCUUGGCCACGGACAUUAGUGCCGGGGCAAUCGAUGAGGGAAUCGCUCUGGCGGAUGAUGAUGACAACCAGUCGGCAGAGUGGUCCAAGCUGCGUUGCACCAGCGAGGCGGCGGAAAUUGUGGCGGAGCGGGAAGCCCGAAGGAACAAAGGACGCUGUGCGGAUUACCCGGGAUUGGCCUUCGGCAGAUCCAUCUUCAGUUCGGACACCAUGAUGAAGUUCAACAUCAUCCGGAACGAGCUGCACAACAUCAUGAACACACAACUCAAAAGGGCCGAAUCCGAGGUUGCCGCUCUGAACCGUCGCAUCCAGUUGCUCGAAGAAGACUUGGAGCGCUCUGAGGAGCGUCUGGGCUCCGCCACAGCCAAGCUGUCGGAAGCCUCUCAGGCCGCCGAUGAGAGCGAACGGAUACGAAAAGCGCUUGAGAAUCGCACAAAUAUGGAAGAUGACAAAGUAGCUCUUUUGGAGAACCAAUUAGCACAAGCAAAAUUAAUUGCAGAAGAAGCCGAUAAGAAAUAUGAAGAGGUUGCCAGAAAACUCGUGCUCAUGGAACAGGAUCUGGAGCGUUCCGAGGAGAAGGUCGAGCUCAGCGAAAGCAAAAUCGUGGAGCUUGAGGAGGAGCUGCGCGUGGUUGGCAACAACCUGAAGUCCCUGGAAGUCUCUGAGGAGAAGGCCAACCAACGUGAGGAGGAGUACAAGAACCAGAUCAAGACCCUGAACACUCGUCUAAAGGAGGCUGAGGCUCGUGCUGAGUUUGCUGAACGUUCCGUUCAGAAGUUGCAGAAGGAAGUCGACAGGCUCGAAGAUGACCUGCUCAACGUGCGGGGCAAGAACAAACUGCUGCAGGAGGAAAUGGAGGCCACCUUACAUGACAUACAGAACAUGUAAUCGUCUAAUUUGCUUAUGUAAAUUAACUAAACUGCCUGCUUUGACGUCAAACAAAAAAAGAAAAACACCCACGCACACAAAACUGGCGCUUUCCAUAAUUAAAUACUAGAGAACACACAUCUCCACACACCCACGCCACGCCCACCACCCACACGAGACAAUCCAAAUCCAAGGACGCCAAGUGUCUUCCAUGCGGAUGCGAAAGCCAUCUUCGAACGCCAAGCAACGGGAGAGUUAAUCAAAAUAUAGCGUUAAAAACACUCUAAACAUAAACAUAAACUCAAUGAAAAGCAGAUGAAAGGGCCGAAACUAAACUAAAGCAAAACAUUCUUGUGUAGCAAGCGCAUUCCAAUUUACGAUUCCAAUUAACGAUAACCAUUUUCGAUUUCAAUUCGCGAAAUUCGAUCGGUUGACUGGCAGCUAGCGCCAUUUUACAAAACUCUGUUGCAAUACUAUUUGGUUGAAUCAAAAUUUUGAUUAUUAUCUUUGAUUUUACACUUGCUUUUGCUACCCCUUAUCUUGUUUUGUUUUAAUUUAAAACCUUAAACUAUAUACUUGUACUUUUGUAUUUGACGAGAUGACAACUUGGACAAAACACGCAUUGCCGCCUUCUUUUUAGUUUACGUGUAUUAAAUAGAGAGACAAACAAUCGCUGUUAUUUAUAUUUAAAGAGUAAAUUCUAUGCUAAAACUUUGUAUUUUGUCGCCAGCUUAACUGUAUUAAUAAUAUGCUAAUGUUUACCUUGUUUAUACAUAUUUAAACAAAUUGUCGUGUUUGCAAAACGUUGUGUAAUAUUUGCCUACUUUUAAGUUGCCGCCACGCCUACCAACACAAACUAAUCCAACUCUUUCGAUAGAGAUUCCAAGAGAAAGACAAAAGACAACUUGUGCACAUCAUUCCAAUUACAAAUCGGUAACCGGUACCCGGUGUCUCCGUUUCAGAUAUAUUUUAUUUCAAAAAUAAAACGAAUGAAAAUCCCCACAACUACUAACCAAUCUUCUAAAUUCCGUGAAAACCCAUAAUCCCCCAACUGAGAAGAAUGCUGCAACAAGAAAUGGCAUUAAAAAUUCUAAUUCGAUCUAUUUACGAUUUACAUAAAUUAAUUAUUUAUACUUUAAUAUAUACCUAUACAAUACAUAUACUAUACAAUACAUACCAUGCUGCUGCAAUUGCACAAAUAAAGUAUUUUUUCGAAAAACGUAAACAAAA